AAAAACUUUAUUUACACUCAACCUCAAGAACAACCCGUCAUUUCAAAACAAACGAUAUUAAUAAACUCGGCACAAAAGCUCCAUUCUGCAGGGGAACUAAACAUCAUCCACUUUCUAUAAGGGUUUGAUGCUAUUUAAGGAAAAGGCUAUAGGCCUAGUAGCUUCUUUUGGAAUAUCACAGAUUCUGAGCGGCCAAUGGCAUCAGAGGAGAUGGAAGGUUUGUGCCCAUUACCAGAGGUGACGGGCAUCAAGGUGGAGCCAUCCAUCAGCAUUGGCUCAGCAGACGAUAGCAACUCACAGAACGCCAUGGGCAUUAAGUUUAUAUUACCCAAUCGCUUUGACAUGAACGUGUGUUCGCGCUUUGUGAAGUCACUGAAUGAGGAAGAUAGUAAAAAUAUCCAGGACCAGGUGAACUCUGAUCUGGAGGUGGCUUCUGUGUUAUUUAAAGCGGAGUGUAAUAUUCAAACAUCUCCCUCACCUGGGAUUCAGGUUAGGCAUGUGUACACGCCAUCAACCACCAAACAUUUCUCUCCGAUAAAGCAGUCCACCACGCUCACCAACAAACACCGUGGAAAUGAGGUCUCAUCCACACCGUUGCUCGUUCACUCACUGUCUAUACAUCAGUUGGCAGCACAAGGAGAGAUGGUGUUCUUAGCCAGUCGAAUAGAACAAGAGUCUGUAAUAAACCUGCAGGAUGAAGAGGGAUUCACCCCACUGAUGUGGGCAGCAGCUCAUGGACAGAUCGCUGUAGUGGAGUUCCUGUUACAGAGUGGUGCAGAUCCUCAUCUCUUGGCCAAGGGAAGAGAGAGUGCGCUGUCACUGGCCUGCAGUAAAGGGUACACAGAUAUUGUCAGAAUGCUAAUCGACUGUGGAGUUGACGUCAAUGAGUAUGAUUGGAAUGGUGGCGCUCCGUUACUCUAUGCAGUGCAUGGUAAUCAUGUUCGCUGUGUGGAAAUCCUCUUAGAGAGUGGAGCUGACCCAACCAUGGAGUCUGACUCUGGGUUCAAUGCUAUGGACAUGGCUGUGGCAAUGGGACACCGAAAUGUCCAACAGGUCUUGGAGGCUCAUCUUCUGAAGCUUCUGCAAGGUAUCAAAGAAUAACCGUAGCAACUACAAGAAUAAUUACAGAGAAUAUUUAAGUGUUAUGAGUGUUCAGUAUGAUGAAGUGGACAAUAUCAUUUCACGUUUGCAGAACACACUUUAUAUGAAGUUAAUUGUCAUUUUUAUAAUUCACUGUUGAAGAUGCAAAUGCACAGAUCAAAAACACAUGGCAAAUGAUGACAUCAGAACUUCAGCUUUUUGAAUCUGAUAUAUAUGUGGUUUUUAUUCAGUGUGAUGUGUUUUAAGUCACUGAUCUUUACUUGCAAUGUGUACUUGAAAAGAUAUUUAUAUAGCCAUUUAAUGCAAAAAUAAGCUGUUUCACAUUAAACUUGACUGGUAUUAUGAAGGCUUCAGGAAACUAAGUAAAUCUAAAUAUGGGUACUUCAGAAUCAAUCAAGUGGAAAAGAACAUGGUGAAAACAGGUUUACAGUAACAAUUUACAGUGAGAGAUGUCCAAGUACUAGUUCAACUGCCAGACUUACUGCUGCACCAACAUUUUUUUGUCAGGUUUUUAGACUUUGGAUUGCCCUCUUUUAAUGUACGUUUUGUGCUACAACACUAAAUAAACCUUAAUUUAUACUGAAGGAUGUGCCUGAUCUGUCUGAAAAAAAAAAAAAGUAGAAAUCCACUGCAUUUCUAACAUGAGUGUUCAAGUUUUUAUGUACUAAUAAUCCCUUAGGAAUCAUCUUAAUUGUGGUUGAAAAUGAUUUGUUUCAAGUUGAUAGCAUGGAGUGACCUCAUCCCCAAUUAAAACAAAAAGACAAAACAGUAUUUAAUAAGCCUUUUGUCAAUAACAAAUGUUUAUUUCCAGAUGUUGAUUCAGACGGGCUCCAAAUGAGUGAGCCCCAGUAACAGGGAAGGUGGAGGCAAAGAUGCCUCUUGGACCGCACAAGCAAAAACACACACUCGUAAAACUGUGCGUGAACUUGUGUGGUACAAUCAAUCUCACACUCUCAGCUUGGACACAUGAGGGUCACAGCAGUGCACGAAAUAGAUAAAGGAGAUUCAGGGAUGCAAUAUAUUUAUAAAA